ACAUGACCUUUUACAAAUACCGCCCCUCUCAUCACCCUAUGACUCGCUGACGCACUGAACGCCCCAUAAAAACAGGCUCUGCGUGCUUUUAUUCACUUUUCAGUCGUUUUUCACUACCAAAAGCUUGUCAAAAUGCCGAUGUGCGGAGGGCUGACUGAGGAAAAGGAGGCUGAUGAAGAAGUUCAGAACAUCUGUGAUGCAAUGAAGCCUCUCGCAGAGCAGAAAGCCGAGAGAAACUUCGAGGUUUUCAUUGCACAGAGCUACAGAACACAGGUCGUAACUGGGACCAACUACUUCAUUAAGGUUUAUGUGGGAGAUGAAGAAUAUGUUCACCUCCGUGUUUACGAGAAACUCCCGUGUGAUGGAGAAGAGCUCGAGCUGACCGAUCUGCAGCACCCCAAGAGUCAACAUGACAGUAUUGAGUACUUCUAAUGGGACAAUGAACCAGCCAAAGCAUCAGUGCCUACAGCCUGUACUCUCAUUGUAAUCCAUUAAUAACCUGCUGCUUCAUGUGGGGAAAGUUUUCCUUAUUUACAUAUAGUAACAUACUGCAGAUAAUAGAAGGCAAAGUGGACCAGUUAAAUACAAGGUGGGUAAAUAAAUGAACCCGAUUAUUUUUCUGUUAUUGUUUCUGAUUUGUGAAAUGCCUGCAGUUUCAGGAGCAGACUCUAUUUCUUCAUUUGUCACAGUGAAGCCAAACACAUGUCUCUUUCCUGAUAUGGACAAUGUCUGCAGUAAAACUCAGCUGUAAGCAUGUCUCCAGGCUCUGAAUUGAUUCAUGGAUUUUAGCACACAAUGUUAUGUCUUUUCAAACUCACAAAAUAAUAUUUACAUUCUUUAUAUUCAGGUUUAUAUGGUUUGAAUACUCCUUUCAUGAGUUUUUGGAAGACAUGUUUCUGGAGUGUUUUACAGAAAUUAAAGUUUCUCCAAUCAUGCACUUUUUCCCCCUUCAGCUAAAAAAUUUGCAGAUCUGUCAUAUUGAUUUGGUUCAGGUCUGAUUGCUUAUCUAACAUAUUUUACAUUCUUGUAGCAAUAACCAUGUGAGACUGAACUGUAAGUACUUUUCCCCCACAUCCCAUGUUCUUUAAUGUUGGAGAGUUUAUUAUAGCAUCAUUUGGAGAGUUAUAUUUCAUUUAGCAUGGUGUCCUUUUUUAACGCAUAUCUGAAAGUGACCUAAAAUAAAGCACAGUUCAGUCUGA